AUGGCGGCCAUCAACACCGGCGACUUUCCAAUUCACGGGCUUUUACCCGAGCGAGAAACGGGAGCAGAUAUUUUGGCUAAAUAUCCCUAGUAUGAUGGCCGUGGAAUUGUAAUCGCUGUGUUUGAUACAGGAGUUGAUCCGGGAGCUCCCGGUUUACAGGAAACCCCUGAUGGACAACAAAAAAUAAUUUAUUUAAUUGAUGCCAGUGGAAGUGGUGACGUUGAUGCCUCCACAGUUGCUGAGGCUGUUAAUGGCUGUGUGACAGGACUAACAGGAAGGAAACUGAUGAGGAAGAGAAAGACUGACAAAAAUAUUGCAUGAUCAAGAAGGCUGAAAACCACAGAAACCCAAGCAGAGCCAUUAACACAUAGCAGAACAUUUAUCCCAACACUAAGACAUGAUCUUGGCCUUUUUCCCUCAUGAGACAAGAGAAGUUGAAUGAAAUUUAACUUGCUGAGGUAAGAACAUGAGAAGAAGUGAGAUGAACAAAGAAGUUUGUUUACCGCAUCCAAGGGUGUAAAUCACCCCCAACAGGACUCGUUGUCGACAGCCAGCAACAAUGACUGAAGCCCCUACAAAUACCUGCUGCUUCAUCUCAAAAGGAUCAUGUCUUGUCACUAGAUGAUUCUGAAAAGGUGGCCACUUUUAACCCUCUAUAUUAUGACCUAGAUCAAAAAGUCUUUGACAGAAGAGCACUUGAAAAAUAUGGAAAAAGAUCAUUAGCAAGUGUUGAUUGCUGAAUUAUCGCAAGGAUGGAAGUGGACUGCCCUCGUGGCUGAUAAACUUGGAAAAGCAGCGAAGGUCAAAAAUGUGUAGUAUGUCUUAUCUGUUAGUUGUCUGGUGACCUUGAAAUUUUACAUUCAUAAAUGGCUUCUUGUCAAAACAUAUCUGCUCUCAGCUUCUGGGUGUUUUAGACCAUUAAUAAAGGUGUUAAGCUGUAGUCUUGACA